CUACUACGUUCAAAAAUAAUAUUGUGGAAAACAGUAACAUUUUGUCUACUACGCUGAAACUUCAUAAAUUUGCAAAUUAUACGUUUACAAGUUUAAAAUGUAGCAAACACUCAAUUUUCAAAUAAAAAUACAAUUUUUUGGGGAUUUGAAAUUAAUGUGUCGUUUAUACUCAUUGUAAUGAAUUUAUGAAUUGAUAUCUGUCAGCUGUGCGGAGGGAGGGCUAACUGUCAGAUGGUGAAUAGCAAAGCACAGCGGUAGCGACAAUAAUUUUAACAAAUAUGUGUUUUUAUUUCCAAUUUCACACGCAUAGGUAAUCGCCGCGCCUCGCUCUAGCCGUAAGACAACAGGGACCGGACGCCGGGCCGCAGCGCACAAUGGGCUCCCGAGACAGGGACACCAAGUCCCUUCACGACAAGUUAAAAGUGUUCUUCAAGAAGGGUGCUGCCGCGCCCGCGGCGACGAGCGAGCUGCAGGUGUCGGCCGAGCUGCGGCGCGAGCUGGGCGCCGAGUCGCCGCUGCACCGCCGCCUGCGCGCCGUGCGCGAGCUCAGCGACAGGGUGCUGCAGCUGCGCGUGCAGGACGGUGGAGUGGAGAAGAUUUGGGCGUGCACGCGGGACCUGCUGGAGGACCCCAACGCGGAGGCGCGCCACGCCGCGCUGGGCCUGCUGCGCUGCGUGGCGGAGGGGCAGGAGCUGUCGCUCAUGCGCACCGUGCUGCUGCAGUUCCUGCAGCGCACGCACGCCGCGCACGCGCCCGAGGACGCGGCGCCGCGCCUGCGCCUGCUGCAGGCGCUCACCAACCACGGCAAGGACAUCCGCGGCGUGGAGGAGGCGCUGGCGCCCUUCGCGCUGCAGUGGCUGGCGCGCCCGCCGCCGCCGCCGCUGGCGCUGGAGCUGGUCGCGCUGGUCACCAACGUGGUCAAGUUCAACGCCGCGUACCUGGACGAGCACGUGGUGCACGGCGUCGUCAACCACGCCGGCCACCUGGCCGCGCACUCGGCCGACGCGGGCGCCGUCGCCGCCGGGCUGGCGCUGCUGGAGGCCGUGCUGUCGUACUCGCUGCUGCCGCGCGCCGCGCUGGGCGCCUUCGUGGGCGCGCUGUGCCGCACCGUCAUCGUGGAGGCGCACUGCCAGAGCAGCUGGAAGCUGAUGCGCGGCGUGCUGGGCGCCGACGUGGGGCACGCGGCGCUGCAGCGGCUGCUGGCGCUGGUGCGCGCGGCGGGCGACGCGGCCGACGAGGAGGCGGCGGGGCUGGCGCGCGGCGCCGUGUUCUACGUGAGCAUGGCGCUGUGGGGCCCGCGCCGCGUGCCCGCGCCGCUGGCGUCGCCCGGCGCCGUGCUGCCGGCCUUCCGGCGCGCGCUGGCGGCGCGGCACCCCGUGGUGGCGUACGAGGUGGUGGUGGCGCUGGAGAGCCUGGUGGCGCGCGCGCCGCACGAGCUGCACGAGGCCACGUGGGAGCUGCUGCUGGACACGGCGCGCGCCGCGCUGACGCCGCCCGACGAGCUGGUGCGCGCGCGCGUGCACGCGCUGCUGUCGGCCGUGGAGGCGCUGCACGAGGCGGGCCAGUACCGCGGCGACCCCGAGCUGCUGCUGGACCUGCUGGACGAGUGCGGCCACGACCGCCCGGAGGCGUCCACCAUGCGCAUGAUCACGGAGCGGCUGGCGGCGCUGGGCGGCGGCGACACGGGCGCGGCGCUGCGCCUGGCCGAGCGCUACGUGCGCCACGAGCCGCGCCUGGCCGUGCGCCUGCACGCGCUGGGCGCGCUGCUGGCGCACGUGCGCCGCCACCGCCUGGCGCACGGCGACGAGCUGGCCGAGCGCGCGGGCGCCCUGUGCGCCGCGUGCGCCGCCGACGCCGACGUGGCCGUGCGCGCCGCCGCCGCGCGCGCGCUGCCCGAGCUGGCCAAGCUGUGCGCGCCCGACGCCUGCGUCGACCUCAUCGACCAGCUGGAGAAGAUCCUCGACCGGCCCUUCGAGAUGUACGUCACCGAGGUGUCCAUCCCGGCCGACGCCGACACGUCGGACCUGCGCCUGGCCGCCGCCGGCCUGCUGGAGCUGCUGCGCGACAAGCUGCUGCGCGCGCCCGCCGCGCACGCCGCGCGCGCCUUCCUGGCGCUGCUGGGCCACCUGGACCGCCACUACCGGCGCCCGGCGCUGCUGCUGCACCAUCCCGCCGUGCGCCUGCAGGUGCUCGACGUGCUGUUCGCGCUGCGCGCCGACGCGCUCAACCGCGUGGGGCUGGGCGACGUGCGCUCGCCGCUGCUGCUGGCCGAGCCGCCCGCGCCGCGCGGCGCCGCGCCCGCCGCGCGCGAGCCGCCGCCCGGCGCCGCGCUGCUGCCCGCGGGCCGCGCGGCGCGCGCGCUCACGGCGGCGCUGGCGGGCGAGGCGGACUGGGCCGUGCUGGCGCACGUGCUGCGCGCGCUGCCGGCGCUGCUGCACGCGCGCGCGCCGUGCCUGGGCCGCCGCGCGCAGGACCUGGACCUGCUGGCCGGCACGCUGUGCGCGCUGGUGGCGGAGCGCUCGCGCCGCCUGCCGCUGUCGGAGCUGCACGCGGCGGCGCUGCCGGCGCUGGCGGCGCUGGCGUCGCACCACGCGUUCCUGGAGCCGCUGACGCAGCAGAAGGUGGUGCGCUGCCUGCUGCGGCACGGCAUGGUGCUGCGCGCGCCGCAGCCGUACAUCAACGCGCUGACGGUGUUCGCGCUGGAGACGCGCGACACCAUGGUGAAGAUGCUGCCCGAGGUGCUGCUGGACCUGUCCAAGAUCUCGGACACGGAGGCCAUCGCCAGCCCCAUGCUGGAGUUCCUGUCGACGCUGACGCGGCUGCCGCGCGUGUUCGCGUCGUUCGUGGAGGACCAGUACAUGUCGGUGUUCGCCAUCCUGCUGCCGUACACCAACCCGUCGCGCUACAACCACUACGUGGUGUCGCUGGCGCACCACGUCAUCGCCGCCUGGUUCCUCAAGUGCCGCCUGUCGUACCGCCGCAACUUCGUGCGCUUCAUCAUCCACGGGCUGCACAACUACAUCAUCAUGCCGUUCGAGGAGCAGCAGGCGUUCAAGAGCAACAACUACCCGCCCGGCGCCAACGAGGACUCCUCCAACCGCCAGCGCAGCUCCAGUCUGGGCUCCCGCGCGGUGUCUCGCGCGCCGCUGUCGGGCUCCCGCGGCGCGCCCGCCGCCUUCCACGUGGAGCUGACGGAGACGUGCGUGGACCUGCUGGCGCGCUACACCUUCACGCCCUGCAGCGUCAAGCCGCAGAGGAGCGACACGGCGGAGUUCCUGUUCAGCGGCGGGCAGGCGUGCACGUGGCUGGUGGGACACAAGCUGGUCACCGUCACCACGUCCGGCUGCCUGCAGAACUCCUUCAAGCAGGGCCUGUGCGAGCGGUGCGCCGCGCUGUGCCGCCAGCACGCCGAGAGCGCCGCCAGCCCGCUGCCCGCCGCGCCCGACGCGCCCGCGCCCACGGUGCAAGUGACCGACGGCACGGAGCCCCCCGGCCCGGCGGCCCCCGGGUCGGUGCCCCCCGGGACGGCGCCCCCCGGCCCGCCCGCGCCGGAAGUCAAGCGCUACAGCAAGUCCUCGCUGCAGCACAGCCGCUCGGCCGAGACCUCCUGCUCCUCCCUGUCCAUCUCCGAGCUGCAGCCGCCCUCCAGCGGACACACCACCAGGCAAAACUCGGCGGAGAACAACAAGACCGCGGACCCCAUCGCCGACGCUCUCAACCAGUUCACGCAGCGGUUCGAGAAGAUAUCCAAAGAAGUGGAGGACGAGAGCGCGGGCUGGUCGCGCGUGGGCGAGCUGGCGGCGGCGGGCUCGUGCCCGUGCUGGUGCGCGCGCUGGGCCGAGCUGCACGUGCGCUCGCCCACCGGCGACGUGUCGUGGCUGCUGCGCAUGCAGAACCAUAUGAGCUCGUCGCAGCUGCAGGAGUGGCCGCUGCAGGACGUGCUGGCGCUGCUGUCGCCGCCGCUCAGCGCCGACCUCUCCAGCGGCGUCGGCGACUCGCGCCCCGACCUGAGCUCGGAGGGCUCGCCGCGCCUGUCGCGCUCGGCGUCGCAGCGCUCGCACGCGCCCGACUUGCACAAAUCCAGCUCCGACUCGGUGGUGGGCACGGGCGCGCGGCUCGGCACGCAGCCCAUCAACAUCCCCGGCUCGCCGCAGCGCCAGAGCUCGUCCAGCACCACGGACGACGACGACAUGCUGCUGGUGGUGCCCGAGGGCAAGUCGCGCCACCCCGUGCGCCGCUCCAACUCCUCGCCCGAGAUGUCGUCCUCGUGGAAAGGCGCGCCGCUGCACGACUGCGAGCUGACGGUGGACGUGGACGACCUCAUCCUGCUGCCCAGCUGCGAGCCCACGAGCGCGCCGCUGACCAUGCACGCGACCAAGAAGGUCAACAAGAAGAGUGACAUGCGCGUGUCGUGCGAGGCCAUCCCCGAGGAGAUGUGCGGCACCAGCCCGCAGCCCGCGCCGCCGCCGCAGCCGCCGUCGCAGCCGCAGCCGCAGCCGCAACCGCAACCGCAGCCGCAGCCGCACCCGCAUCUCAUGACCUACAAAUCUGAUCCCGGCACGUCGGGGCCGGAGAGCGAGGGCGAGGCGGGCGCGGACGCGAGCGGCGCCGCGCACCACCAGCUGCAGAAGACGAGCAGCGACAGCCGCGUGGUGCUGGCGGCGCAGCAGCCGGCGCGGGCGGACGCGCGCGACGAGCUGCCGCCGCUGGCGCGCUCCAAGCGCUCCAACACCAUCUCCGUCAUGAGCCCCACCAGGAGGAGCCGGGAGCUGCGGAACAGCGCGGCGGCGAGCGCGGGCGGCGCGACGAGCGCGAGCGCGGCGGCGGGCGCGGCGGCGGGAGCGGCGGCGGGCGCGGCGGCGGUGGGCGGCGGCGUGUCGCCGUCCUUCGUGUUCCUGCAGCUGUACCACAACAUGAGCACGUACCCCAUCUCGCCGUCCGUGCCAGGCGAGGCGGUGGCGCCGCCCAGCGCGCUGAGCGAGCGGCCGCUCAAGGUGUCGGGCGAGCACCACGAGCGCACCAUCAAGAACCUGGACCUGGUGCCGCCCGUCGAGACAUACAAGGUGGGCGUGCUGUACGUGGGGCGCGGCCAGCACGACGACGAGGUGGCCAUCCUCAAGAACGAGUACGGCAGCGUCAGGUACAUGGAGUUCCUGCGCCAGCUGGGCACGCUGGUGCCGCUGGAGGGCGCGGAGGAGCCCAACCUGUUCCUCAACCUGGAGAAGGGCGGCAAGGACGGGCGCUACACGUACGUGUGGAGCGACGACAUCAUGCAGGUGCUGUUCCACGUGGCCACGGCCAUGCCGAGCCUGGCGCGCGACCCGCACUGCAACGAGAAGCGCAAGUACAUCGGCAACGACUUCGUGUCCAUCGUGUACAACGACUCGGGCCACGACUUCAACAUCCUCACCAUCAAGGGCCACUUCAACCUGUGCAUCGUGGUGGUGGAGCCCAUGGAGCACGGCAUGCACCGCGUCACGCUCAAGAGCAAGGACGAGCGGCUGCGCGGCAAGUUCCUGGCGCACGUGGAGCCGCAGUGCGUGUCGGACGGCAACGUGGCGCUGCUGGCGCGCCAGCACGCGCUGCACGCCGCGCUGGCCUCGCAGAUCUCGCAGUCGCUGAAGCCGGGCGGCGAGGCGUACGCGUCCAACUCGCUGGAGCGCCUGCGCCUCAUCAAGCGGCUGCGCGCGCGCGCCGAGGCGGAGCGCCAGGCCGCCGCCGCGCGCGCGCCCGCGCCCUACGCCGCCGCGCCCGAGCGCCACCGCCGGGUCGCCAUCGACGACUUCAACGACUACACCUAGAGCGCGCCGCAGCGGCGGAGGUUCACCGGCUGCGCGCACCGCGUGCACUCUUUCACUUUUUCGUUGCGUAAUUAAGUUGGUGCGUCGGCCACACAUCCGUCGUGACGUCACACUCCGGAGCGAGCCGCCGAGCGAACGGUGCGAGUCUGUACGGCGGACUGGUGAACGCCGUUCGAGCUCCGCGUAUGCACGCCGAGCGCACGCAGCGACCGUUCCGAUCAACUCCAUCACCGACCGGUGACGCCGCAGCACAUCACGAGCGGCUCGACCCGUGCGAGCGAUUUAAUUAUCAUUUUAUCAUCAAAAGUAAAACUAAAACUAGUCAAAAGAUUUGUUAUUUUUGUUGAAUAACUUUUUUAAUACAUGUCGUCACCCCUGGCGGGCCCAACUUGAUGUAUCAGCUUCCCCCCCCCCCGCACCCCCGCGGGCUCGCCCCGCGCCCCGCACCCCCGCGCGCUGGUGCACGUUUCGCUGCUGUUCCUGGACUAUCAAAUAAAAUACGACAUCAAUGAUUAAAUGUCAAAGAAACUUGACUUUAUGUUUUUAUUAGCAAUUGGCAAUAUAUAAAGUUAUAUAAGGAUAUUCAAGUGUAUAAAGUUGCCACGUCACGUGGAAUACUGUACAGGAGUCCGUAGACUGCGGCGCGGGCGAGCGGCGCGCGGUGCAGUUCGCAGCAUCACUGCGAUCUGUGCGAUACGAUGAGACUUCAGAUUGAGCACAAUUACAUCCCCAAAUAUGAAAUAAGGAGCCGGACUGAUCGACUGAUAUAAUCAGUGGUGAUCAGAACAAAUAACACCUCGUGAGCCUUAACCUUAUAUGUACCUACUUGGAUAAAUUCAUCAACAAUGCUACUCGUAGCUACAUACGAUGUCUUUUGUUCUAGUUGUCUCGUCGCUUCACACGUUCAACAAACUUCACUUAACGCAUUAGCGUCGCUGUUUUGCAAACAAAGCAUAAUAUAAAAUGUCAACUUGGGUACUUUCGUAGAUAGAUUGUUGUAUAUUGCACAAACACAGUCAGUUCCCCCGUACCGUUCGUCCGAGUCGCGCCGCUGCUCGCGAGCCGUGCGCUCCGUCCGGCGGAAGUCUCUCUUGUGAUGACAUGAAUUGAAGCGCCGCCGACGAUUACAUUAACAGAUACUUUGAACUGCGAGUUCAGCUUCCGUGCAGCCAGAGUGUCAGAGAAGUUCUUUAACUUUCAGUAAACAUUAGUAUUUGAACGUGUAAAUCCUAUUCUCCGUCCCGGUGUUCGUCACUCGUCACCGGCAAAGAUCGCUCGCGGUGCGGCCGCGGGGGUGAGGCGCGGGCGGGGGCGCGACUACCUCGACGUUACUGAACUAUGUAUAAUCUGACUAUCGAUAGGUAAUAGACACAAAAGUAACGUUUACACGACCCACUUGUAAUAUUUUCUACCUUUUGUGAGAUGUGAUAAUAGUGUAGCGAUUGAAUAAAUAACAUGGUAAUGAUAUACACGGCUGGUUUUUGUACAACGCUUCGCUUACGAAUCGAGAGGAGAUUGUCGCAUACGCUCACGGUGCGUGCGCUCGCGGUGCGUGCGCUCGCCGGGCGCGCGGGUGCGGCACCGCGUGCGUGCGCGCUGACCAAUAGAUAAUGGAUUAUUCACAGAAUAUAUGAUCUUAACUACUUACCUAUGUAGGUAAGUCAAUAGCGUGUAAGAAGAAGUUUGAUAAAGGCGUCCGGUUGACCGCUGUCGGAACUCGGGUGUAUGCCGCAACACGCGCAGAGCGAGCACGACUAAUAUAAUAGAGCACGAAUAAUUGUCGUACGGGCGGCAAAUGUUGUGCAAAUAUAUCUGUUUGUGCGUUUAUGCUGCACGGCUAAGUUGAGACAGGACAGAGACCGGCGCGUGACCGGCCCGUGCCCGGCGCGUGACCGGCGCGCGGCUCGCUGUUUUUAAGUGAGCUUCGGUCUUAUUCUGUGAAUUAGUGCUACAACAACAGACUUAACACUUCGCGUACGAGUAGGUUUUAAAAUUAAGGCGAUUUGAAAAAUAAAACUAUAGUUAGUUUCCUAACGCUAUAGUGUCAAAAUGCCCGUGAACUUGGGACUUGUUUGUUGUUCCGUUGCCGAGCAGCGUCCACUGCACGAGCGGCCGACGCUGCCUGCAGCGAGCAGCUGCGGCCGACUCGCAGCAUGUAGAGGCACGAUGUAAUGCACUGGCAACUAUGUAAUUACGUUAACGAAAUGAAUGUUUUAUGAGUUAUUGUUUACGGUUCAUUAUUGUUUUCUAUUCUAUAUUCGGAGUUGACUACGAGUAUGUAGCUCGUCGCUGGCGCGCGCUCACUUGUACGAUGUACACAAUGUCAGUGAUGUGUACCAUUCGUCAAACUGUACGCUUUGAGCGAACAGGUGUAGUAGCCCCGCUGUAAAGGUGCACCUCGUGUUCGGAGCGAAGUACUGGUUUGGCGCCCAGAUACAUAUACGGAGAGUCCGCCGAGGGACUGCGCCGCUCGUGGGCUCAGCGCGUGCCCAGCGCUGGGCGCUGCAGUCAUUGUGUUUAGGCAUUUCGUGUUAAAAUAUUUUAUGUAGCAAUUUAUUUCCUGACGAAAGAUUUUGUAAUCGAAUAAAUGAUGGCUAUUUU